CCCCCCCCCUGAUCUCCAUCUUCCCUCCCUCCGAAAGUUCACCUCUCAGUUUAGGCCGACAGUUAAAUCUGCUCUUUACCAGCUUCUUCUCCAAAACUUCUAAAUUUAGCCUUCCACGUUCUCUUAUUUUUCGUGCUCUGCGCUGCAUGCAUUCCCAGAAUCAAUGCUUAAGUUUUGAUAGAGAGACUCCCAGAAGGAUCUAUGAUUUCCGUUCUCUGACAAGUACAUAGAUUCGCUAUCAAGAACGACGCUUUAAAAAUUGCUCCUUUUUUAACUCGCUCACACAACGCUCAACAUGAUUUCCAUUGCCUCCCCCGAGCUCCACCCUCACGAGGUCUCCCCGCCUGCUUCAGCGCCGCCGCCGCCACAGGCAGAAACCAUCAUCUUCCGGUCUAGGCUCCCCAACAUUCCCAUCCACAACGAUGUUCCCCUCCACACCUAUUGCUUUGAGAAACUAACAGAGUUCGCCGACAACCCCUGCCUCAUCGCUGGCCCGACCGGCCAAACCUACACCUUCGCCGAGACCCACCUCAUCUGCCGCCGUACAGCUGCCGGCCUCGCUCACCUCGGCAUCAAGAAGGGCGACGUUGUUCUCAUCCUCCUCCAAAACUGUCCACAGUUCGUCUUCACCUUCAUCGGGGCCUCUUUUCUCGGCGCUGCCGCGACCACUGCUAAUCCAUUCUGCACGCCAGCUGAAAUCCACAAGCAAUUCACUUCCUGCAGCGCGAAGAUCGUCAUCACUCAGUCUAUAUACGUGGACAAACUCCGAGGCUGGAAAGAAUUCGGCGCCGGGCUCAUUGUUAUCACCGUCGACGAUCCGGCGGCGGGAUGUUUACCUUUCUCCGUUCUGUCCGCCGCCGACGAGGCGGCGGUUCCUGAGGUAUCGAUCGACGCCAACGAUACGGUGGCUCUGCCGUUCUCGUCGGGCACGACGGGAUUGCCCAAAGGGGUGGAGCUGACUCAUAAAAGCUUGAUAUCGAGCAUUGCGCAGCAAGUUGAUGGUGAAAACCCGAAUCUUUAUUUGAGAAUCGACGACGUGGUGCUCUGCGUGCUUCCUCUGUUUCACAUCUAUUCCCUCAACUCUGUUUUGCUCUGCUCGCUUAGGGCGGGUGCGGCCGUGGUGAUGAUGCCAAAAUUUGAGAUCGGGGCAAUGCUGGGCUUGAUUGAGAGGCAUAAGGUGACGGUGGCGGCGGUGGUGCCGCCAUUAGUGCUAGCUCUGGCGAAGAAUCCGAUAGUGGAGAGAUAUGAUUUGAGCUCAAUAAGGAUCGUUAUCUCUGGUGCGGCGCCGCUCGGGAAGGAGAUGGAGGACGCUCGGUGUCGGCUGCCGCAUGCGAUUCUCGGACAGGCAGCCGACGGCGGCCAAGUCCGGCAGCUGCGGCACCAUCGUCCGCAAUGCAGAGCUGAAGGUUAUCGAUCUAGAGACCGGCUUCUCCCUCCACCGAAACAAGGCCGGCGAGAUCUGCAUCCGUGGAGAUCAGAUCAUGAAAGGCUAUCUCAAUGACCAGGAAGCUACUUUGGCGACUAUUGAUAUGGAAGGGUGGCUUCACACGGGGGAUGUUGGCUAUGUGGAUGAUGAUGAUGAGGUUUUCAUUGUUGAUAGGGUCAAAGAGCUCAUCAAAUUCAAGGGUUUUCAGGUUCCUCCGGCUGAGCUUGAAGCACUUCUUCUAAGCCAUCCUUGUAUUGCUGACGCGGCCGUUGUCCCACAGAAGGAUGAAGCUGCUGGUGAGGUUCCAGUUGCUUUCAUUACUCGAUCCACUGACAAUAUUGAACUCACUGAGGAUGAUGUGAAAGAGUUCAUAGGGAAGCAGGUGGUUUUCUACAAGAGAUUGCAUAAGGUUUAUUUUGUUCAUGCGAUACCAAAAACUCCAGCAGGGAAGAUUUUGAGGAAGGAGCUGAGAGCCAAGUUAGCUAAUGCCCCAGCUCAGUAAGGUUCUCCCCAGUAAGAGAGUCCCAAAGCUAUAAGUGUGGUUGCCACUGAGUGUUGAGUUCAUGCAUUGAUUUAAUUAGUUAUGAUUUCAAAUGAUAAUGACUGGCCAAUAAAUUUGAGAAAUUCCAUUUGAUGGUGUUAUAGCCUUUCUUUAUCAUGGAACUUAAUGUUGUCAUAAUGUGGUGUUCUCAAAAUUUAUUAAUUUUGAUGUUCUUGUUGCUAUUCCGAGCGGUA